UCGGUCCGGGGAGCCACACGCAGCCCGAGAGCCUUUGCAGAACCAGGCUCCGCUCUCCACGGACGCAGCCAUGGCCGGAGGAAACUUCACCAAGGCUGGGGAGGAGAGGGGAGUGAGUCGGGCUCAGAGUGAAGUGAACAAGAAGCUGAAGUACAUCUCUCUGGCUGUGCUGGUGGUGCAGAACGCGUCCUUGAUCCUGUCCAUUCGCUUCGUGCGGACUCUCCCCGGAGACCGUUUCUACGCCACCUCCGCCGUGGUCAUGGCCGAGGUGCUGAAGCUGCUCACCUGUCUCCUCAUCAUCCUGCUGCAGAAGAGAUUGAAUGUGAAGGACACGGUGCUGUCCCUGUACGACUCUAUUGUUGUACAGUACAAGGACACGCUGAAGCUGGCCGUGCCCUCCCUCAUCUACACACUCCAGAACAACCUGCAGUACAUCGCCAUCUCCAACCUCCCUGCAGCCACCUUCCAGGUGACGUACCAGUUAAAGAUCCUCACCACAGCCCUGUUCUCGGUGUUGAUGUUGAGAAAGUCCUUGUCCAGGGUCCAGUGGGUCUCUCUGCUGCUGCUCUUCGCUGGAGUCGCCAUCGUUCAGGUACAGCAGGAGGGGAAGAAGGAGACGUCCGUGUCCGACAGCUCCUCUCAGAAUUACAUGGUGGGGCUUGUUGCCGUGGUGAUCAGCUGUCUCUCCUCUGGUUUCGCCGGAGUUUAUUUUGAAAAGAUCCUAAAGGGCAGCGCCGCCUCGGUGUGGGUGAGAAACGUUCAGCUCGGCAUGUUCGGUACGGCGCUGGGGCUGCUGGGAAUGUGGUGGAACGACGGACCCGGGAUCGCCCAGAACGGAUUCUUCUUCGGCUACACCUCCAUGGUCUGGUGUGUGAUUUUCAACCAGGCGUUUGGGGGCCUCCUGGUGGCCGUGGUGGUGAAGUACGCCGACAACAUCCUCAAGGGAUUCGCCACCUCCUUCUCCAUCAUCGUGUCCACUGUGGCGUCUGUUUAUCUGUUCGGAUUCCACGUGGAUCUGAUGUUUACCGUGGGGGCGGGGAUGGUGAUCGGAGCCGUCUACAUGUACAGUCUCCCCAAACCUCCCAGCAUCCUCGGCGGCGCAGGGGGCGGAGCAAGCGGAGCAGCAGGGAGUGAAGAUGAGGGAAAAAUGGGACAGUCCAGAAACGGAGGGAGUUUGACGUCAGAAGGGAACGGUGAAAUGGACUCGUUUCUCCCAAAAGUCGGCGGGAAACAGAAAGGAUCGUAAAGGAGACAAAGCUCAGGCAGAAUUACACCAGAGUCACUCCUACAGAUACCUCCUCCUCUCCACACUACAAAUACUUUACUCGGAUCACUCAAGGACACUUUACUUCUGCAGAUUACUGAUAAAAAGUUAAUUAAAUUCUUUUACGUUCGAUGUAGAAAGAAAGAAGUGUCUACAAAUCAACUACAAUGGAUUGAUUUAGCAUUAAAGGUGCUGCAGUUUUAACCAAAACUGACUCUUGUGAGCUUUAAACCAUGUAAUAAUAAUGUUGUUACCUCCUCAAAAAAAAGCGUAAAUAUGCAGCAUUUGUGUGUUAAACGUGUGAAUGAAACACAACUCCAGGUGUGUUUGUGAUGAGAAAACAACCUUAUAAAUGAGAAAAUAGUCUAAUAUGAGCCUUUUAAAGUCCUUGCUAUGGGUUUUAAAUCUGAACAAUUUGACUGAAAAUGAAUGACUGAAAUGAUUUAAUGAAAUGUAUCCAAACACCAAAAUUACCUCCAGCUUUUAUUUUGACGUCUCUUUGUUUACAUUUGUUUAAACACUCCUCUUUCGAUUAUUUCUUUGGGCAAAUAUGGGGUGUAUAAUUUUGUGUGUAAAUCGUCCUUUUAUUUCAAUUUUAUUUCAACUCAAGGUGCUUUAAAUUAUUACAUUUUUAGUAUUUCAUAACUGACUAUUUAAGUGCUUAAUUGUUCAAUUUCAUUUCAAAAGAACCAACGUGCCUCUGAAAUGACUUGAACUUUAUUUUUUGGUCCAAGCUUUUGUUUAUGGGUUUCAUUUUGAUAUACCAAACAGUGAACAAAUAUGUGCCUUAAAAAUCUAUUGAUAAAAUAAAUAUAUACUGAUUUAUGUGUCCAAGUAUUUCAUAAAUUUUUCAUAAUAUGUCAUAGACUUUCUAGAUGCUCUAAAUAUGAUUGAAUGAUACAGUUCAGAGUGGGCAUCAGGCUCACAGACACAUGCACGUGUUCAGGGCCACAAUCAUCAGAAAUGUCCCGAUGGCUGUAAAUUCAGAAUCUUAUUUUGUCUAAAUAAAACU